AUAUAUAUAAACAAAUAAAAAGGGUUGUAAACUCUUCUACUUCUUCCCCCUUCGCCUCAUAAUUUAAAAACUCAUAACAAAUAUUCCUCCUCUGUUUCUUCAAAAUCUUCAAAAAUGGUGUAACUUAUUACACUUCUGUGGCUAUGGCCAAUCAACACUCUGCAACUUUACCGAAUUUCCAUGGAAUAAUUCAUCAUAAUCCUUCUCUUCCUUUCAUAAAUCCAGAAGGCUCAGCUUUUGAUUUUGGAGAGCUGGAAGAAGCUAUUGUUCUGCAGGGGGUUAAGCUUGGAAAUGAUGAACCCAAAUCUCCAAAUUUUGUUACAGGAAGGCCUGCAGCUACUCUUGAAAUGUUCCCUUCUUGGCCAAUAAGGUUUCAACAAACCCCAACAUUGGGAGGAGGUUCAAAGUCAGAGAGCACAGAUUCAGGCUCAGCUAAUAUAAACAAUACUCUCACAAGCAAAAUAGAAUUAGAAAUGGAAUCUGAAUCACCAAUAAGUAGAAGAACGUGUUCUUCAAAUCAAGGAUUAUUUGAUCAAAAUCAUCAUCAUCAUCUUCUUCAUCUUCAACAUCUUCAAUCAGAAUUUGAAGAUGAUGCUUUGAGAACAGAACCAUCAUCACAACAAAAUCAAUCUCCACCCAAAGAAAAGAGAAAAGGAGGUGGUUCAACUUCAGAGAGACAGCUUGAUGCCAAGACAAUGAGACGAUUGGCUCAAAACAGAGAAGCUGCAAGAAAGAGCCGUUUGAGGAAGAAGGCUUAUAUUCAGCAGCUAGAGUCUAGUAGAAUCAAACUCUCUCAGCUCGAACAAGACCUCCAUAGAGCUCGUUCUCAGGGAUUGUUUCUAGGUGCUUGCGGUGGCGUAAUGGGUGGCAAUAUCAGCUCUGGAGCUGCAAUAUUUGACAUGGAGUAUGCACGGUGGCUAGACGAGGACCACCGUUUGAUGGCGGAGCUACGGGCCGCACUACAGGGGCAUCUCCCGGAUGGCGAUCUUCGGGCAAUAGUAGACAGUUACAUCUCUCACUACGACGAAAUAUUUCACCUGAAAGGCGUGGCAGCAAAAUCGGACGUGUUUCACUUGAUCACCGGAAUGUGGAUGACUCCAGCGGAGCGUUGUUUCCUGUGGAUCGGCGGGUUUAGACCAUCCAAACUCAUAGAGAUGCUAGUUCCACAAAUAGACACAUUAACAGAUCAACAAGCACUGGGAAUAUGUAAUUUGCAAAGAUCUUCACAAGAAACAGAGGAUGCUCUUUAUCAAGGCCUUGAGCAGUUGCAGCAUUCUCUCAUUAUCACUAUCGCCGGCACCGCGGUCGUGGACGGUAUCAAUCAUAUGGCUCUUGCCGCCGGCAAGCUCUCCAAUCUUGAAGGCUUCAUCCGCCAGGCUGAUAUGUUGAGACAACAAACACUUCAUCAAUUACAUCGAAUAUUGACAGUACGACAGGCAGCUAGAUGUUUUGUGGUAAUCGGAGAAUAUUAUGGAAGGCUUCGAGCUCUUAGUUCCUUGUGGGUGUCACGACCAAGAGAGAGCAGCUGUUUGAACGAUGAAAGUUCAUGCCAAACAACAACAGAGCUGCAAAUGAUUCAGAAUUCCCACACCCAUUUCCCAAACUUUUGAUAUAUAUGUUCCCUUCCAAACAAAAUCCAUUUGGGGUUUAAUUGCUAUAUCAUAUAUCAUAUUUAUCAUCAUUUAGAAGAAAUAUAACUUUCGUUUUCUCUCUC